UUACAGGUAAACUUGUUUCACGGUAAUAAUUAGACUUAUUAUAGUUUUAACAUAUUAUCGGGAUGUAUGUCCAAUUGGCAUUCCCCUUGCAGUCGAAAAUUAAAUAGCCCACUUCAAAGUACAUGUACAUUACUUGAGAGUGACGAUUGACGUAAAAAGAUGGACAACUCCAGAAAGAUGUCUGUCUUCAGAGGAUCUCUUGACAAUCUCCCAGCAUUGAAUUCAAGAGUUGUUAGAAUAUUCAUCAGUUCCACUUUUACAGACACGUAUGAGGAAAGGAAUAUGCUGAUGGAAGAUGUAUAUCCAAGAAUAAAGGCUCAUUGUAAGGAAAAACAUGGACUGGAAUUUCAGGUAAUCGACAUGAGAUGGGGCGUACCAGAAGAGGCUUCAGAUGAUCACAUGUCUUCCUUGCUUUGUUUACAAGAAAUCUACAACUGUCAAAAGGUGUCAACUGGUCCAAGUUUUGUGACAUUCUUAAACCAAAAGCAUGGUUACCGACCACUGCCACUUACUAUUGUCAGUUCAGAAUACAAUUUAUUAGUACAAACAUUGAUUGAUUCUGGUGAAGACUCGGCGUUGCUUGUCAAAUGGUACGAGGAAGACCUUAAUGCUGUUCCACCUGUGCAUGUUCUACAGCCGAUCAGUGCAGUGAUACCAGACUAUAAAUCGAAGACACCCACUGAAAAAAGAAAAGAAUGGCAACCGAUCUACAAUAUUCUAGGACAGAAGUUAAGAUUGGCAAGUCAAAAAUGUUUUGAAAAUAAGAAACUGAGCGAGGAAGACAAACUUAAAUACUUCAUGUCCGUAACAGAAGAAGAGAUUAUAGCAGGAUUACUCAAGCUACCCGGCAACGCCUCGGAACAGUGCCUCUGCUUCAUCAGAUUGUUUGAGGAUAUUGAUCUCAAUGAUAAAGUUGCCCCGCGGUUCAUCGACAUGUUAGAAAUUGGAAAAGAUGAUAAAUCUGAAAAGCAAAGAAUAAUUGACGAAGAAGCACAAAAAAUAUUGGAGAAACUGCGAGAUGAAAAAGUAGCCAACAAAAUAAAGGAUAAGAAUACCAGUUGGUCAAAGUCUAUUGUGAAAUGGGCUCCUGAAGCAGGAAUUGGAAAAGACCUCCAUGAAUCAUACCUAAAGGAAUUUGGAGACAAGUUUUACAGUAGUAUGAUCUCUUUGAUUGAUAAAGCUGUCACCAACAAACAAAUUUUACUGCAAGAUAGUUUGUAUACUGAGGUUUUACAACACGCAACUAUGGCAAGGGAAAGAUGUGCAAUAUUCCAUGGACGAGAGACAAUCUUAGACAAGAUUGCUGAUUACUUACAGAGAAAAGACAAGUCACCGCUUACUGUCUAUGGUCCUUCAGGCAGUGGUAAAACCUCUAUCAUUGCAGAGGCGGCAAGAAAGGUGCAGUUUGUAAAACAUAAGGAUGCAAUCACCAUUUUCCGUUUCCUUGGAACUUCCCCAGACAGUAGUAAUGUUUACAGACUUUUACAUAGUCUUUGUCAGCAGAUUAUGUUGGUAACUACAGGGAAGGAGCCGAAUCUACCUCAGGACAUUGACGACCUAACCCGUUUAUUUCACAAACUAAUUAGGGAGUACAAAUCGAAUAAACCUUUGGUUAUACUUCUCGAUUCCUUAGACCAAUUGUCCAAAGAACAUGCAGCACACAAACUUCAUUGGCUUCCUAAAACUCUUCCCGAAGACGUGAAGAUUGUAACUUCAACAUAUAUUGAGUCUACCGAUAUCAUUGUAUUGCUUAAAUCUUUGUUCUCCCCAGACAAUUUUAUUCUUGUUCCUAAGCUCGGGGAGGAAUUAAGCUGUAAAAUUCUUAAAUCAUGGUUGGAUGGUAAAAACAGAACUUUAACACAUGAACAGUUCAAUGUAAUAGAAAAUGCAUUUACGAAAUGUAGUUUACCAAUUUAUGUAAAACUUGUGUUUGAGAGUGUUAUGGAAUGGCGAUCGUAUACUGUUGUCGAUAAUAACAGUCUUGCCUUUACUGUCAAGGAGAGUAUUAUUCAACUUUUUGAACAUCUUGAACGCAAACAUGGAAAAAUGUUUGUAUCUAGGGCGUUUGCCUACAUCACUGCCUCUAAUUCUGGUCUUAGUGAAACCGAACUUGAAGAUGUCCUUUCAAUCGAUGACAAGUUGUUGACUGAUGUGUUCCGCAUCCACGUGCCACCAAUAACACGGAUUCCGCCGUUAUUAUUUGUGCGCUUACGUCAAGAUAUAUCAUCCUAUCUUGUCGAUAGGGAAGUAGAUGAUACCACCGUAUUUUAUUGGUACCACAGACAAUUCAUAGAGGCAGCUCAAUCACGAUACCUGUCAGAUGAAACUUUUGAGGAUCAAAUCCAAUCUACAUUGGCAGAUUAUUUUGUUGGAACCUGGUACAACAAACCAAAACCAUUCACAUAUUCAGAUUAUCAGGUCAAAAAGCUUAAAUUAUCCUCAAAUACCAUCGAAACUGAUAGGAAAAUAUCUCCACAGCCACUUACUUUCAAAUACAAUUUUGAAAACAAAGAAAAAGAGAGAUUUAAUAAACGAAAAUUAAAUCGAUUACCAUACCAUCUGACUAUGGCAGGCCGCAUAGAAGAAGUGCGUUCUAUGUGUCUGUUUAACUAUGAUUUCUUGUCAGCGAAAAUCAAAGCCGUGUCUGUUCAACAAGUUUUAGAAGAUUUUACUCUGAGUAAGAAUCAUGAAAGUACAUUGUUUAGUGUACUCAAACAGAUUCAGUCAUCACUGAUGGCAUUUCCAAAGACUCUAGCAAUUGAAAUUUCCGGGCAUUUGACCCCAUUUCUAGCACAGAAAAAAGCAUCUUUAGAAAAAAUACUCGUUGAAAAGUGUUUUAACGUCAUUAAAUCUGAAGAGAUGCCUGUACCAUAUCAGACUUCUUUCUCAAUACCACAUAACGCGUUGAUGUACAAGUUCGAACAUGAAGCUGUUCCGUUCGGUUCAAAGGUAGUAAUGAUCUCUAAAGAUUCAAAGCAUUUACUGGCUAUGACCGUUGAUAAUGACCUCGUUUCCUGGGACCUGACUACAGGAGAACUUGAGAAAGAAAUCCGUUUAUACGAUCCCCAGCAGUUAAAGAUGAAUAUAUUUACCAUUGACAAAGAUAAGGAUGUCUGUUAUUUAUGUUCUAGCUAUCAGAAGACUUUAAACAUUCUUCUUGUUGUUAACAUGGCCGCUUGUGAACUGAUUAACACAAUUUCACUUUCCAAGACCUAUCCUGGAGUUGGUUUUGCCGACAGUUUAAAAUUCGCUGUCACCAGUGAUAAAAUUUUCUGUAUGUAUGUUGGACAUAACAUUGAUGUUUUUGAUAAAGCAACUGGGAAGCAUUUAUUUGCUCUUGACCUGGUACCAGACAAGUUUCUAAUGUUACCAGGCGAAAAGAAGGCUUUGAUACAUGAGAAAAAUUCAACUAAGUUUUUCAUGUACAACAUUCUAAACAAUAAAAUUGAAAGUGAAUUCAAUAUCAAUGAAAAUCCUAAAGAUUUUAUUUUCGCUCCUGUUGGAAAAGAGAUCGUAGUAUUGUACCGUGAUUUAUCAUUGGUAAAGGUGUUUAAUAUAGAUGCAACAGAAGGAAACGUUGGCGAAUUGGUUUGCGAUGUCAAAACAUUGGGUAAUGAGAAAAUUUUAUCAUUGGAAUUUUCAAGCAAUGAAAUAUUUCUUAUGUUGAAAUAUAAUACCGGUGUUUAUUUCUGGAACUACAAACUUAACAAAAUGCAACACCAUUUUCAAAUUCCGGACGAGGUCAAACCAGUACAUAGGGUUACAGACUUUUUUGGGCAUUUAACGCCUAAUGGUGAGUUAUUUGUUGUUGCAUACGAAGGAUUUCUCGUUAUAAACAGUAUGAAAACCAGUAAAGUAGCUAACAUUAUUGAAAUCAACAGAUCAAAGUCUGAAAUAUUUCUGAUGGCCUCUAGUGGUGAAUUUUUCGUCAACACGUCAGCUAGAGGAAAUGCUAUUUCAACGUGGAGGACAUCUGCGUUGACCAAGAGUGAUAAUCAAAUCCAACCAAUGACGAUGAAAACAGCACCAAGGUACAUUGCAAUCGCAAGGUCGGGUAAAGUGGCGGCUAUAAGAGGUAAUUUAGGAGGAGAACUUGCAAUUUUUGAUUUGAUAGCUGGAACUCAAAGAUUUUAUAUUCAAGGGGAUAUUGAUGUGAUGAAACCCACCAUCACAUGGGAUGGUAAAUAUGCUGUAGUUCGGGAAUAUCACUCAGAGGAAGCUGUUAAAAUAUUUAACACCACUUCUGGCACUUUAGAGAUGCCAUUACCAUUAACAAGCUUACAAGUUAAAGGUAUUACUACAUGUACUACAAUGGUGGCAGUCUAUGUCCAGGGAGAUGAUGAUAAAGUUACUUAUGUAGACUUAUACAGUGUACCAAAUGGCAAACUUUUGCAUAAACUACAUAGUGGCAGACCGUCCUUACAUGAUAUGGUUUUUGAUUUCACCGGAAAUGAAGAGUUUUUACUGGUUUCAUCUCCUCACUUGGAAGGUGACCCCACAGUAGCUGAUAUUACUGCGUAUGAUGUAAUAACUGGUACAGAAUCUUAUUUCUUAGAAAAUUGUAGGGUUAGGUUUACUACAAUGAUAAUGAAUGAAUCAGCUUUAUUCAUAACGCAGAAUGUGAGAAAAUCUGGUGACGUUGUUGUUGUAGUAGAUGUCCAGUCAAAAAAGAUACUAAGGGAAGGGAAACUUGAGAGAAUGGACAGUCAAAAAGACUGGUCAUCAAGUCCAGAUGGGCGUUUCUGUAUUGACCGAGACCGUCAGCUUUAUGAUGUUAUCAAUUUUCAAUUCAAGUGGAAAUACGAUGCAGAAGAAGAGUAUCGAAAGCAAUCAACGCAACAGACAUAUCCACGCUUUCUCCAUGACAACCACACUGUUAUAUUUCCAAAUAUUACGGCAGGGUUAUUGAAACUUGCAACCAUUGAUUCGCCUGAAAUAAAGUUUGUUUGUCCAGUACACGGAAUACCAGUAUGUCUUGAAGUGACAUCUCUUGGUAUGAUUCUAGUUGGUUGUGAUGAUGGUCGAGUCAUGAUGCUCCAUAAAUCUAAUAAAGAUGACAUCGUUACGACAGCAGGUUUGGACGGUGUAGUUAAAAGAGAAGCAAUGCGUAGCAAGAAACAACCAAAACAGAAAACAACCAAAUCGUCUGUUUGUACAAUUAUUUGAAUGCAUACCUCCGUGCAAGAGGUAGAUUUGUCAUCGUAUCUGAUGAUCUGAGGAUGUGAUAGUUUAUAAAUUAGAUAAUUGUACUACAACUAAUUAUAAAGUGGCAACUUCCAAGACAAACUAUUUUUUUGUUACGAUUUAAGCAUUUUAUUUAGGCCAUUUUUGGAAUGUUUCCUAUUUUUUUAUUUAGUCGACCGACUUAAAUUUUGACACCUUAUAGAGGAUACAUAUUAUUUACUCCAGAAAUCCGUUUCGCAUGUUUAGUACUUAACGUACGUUUAUAUAAGUUUAAUUUGUAACUUAGAUCUGAAUUGUUAUGAAACGUUAAUUAUGAUAUGUUUUAAUACAUUUGUUAUAUGCUUGAACCACUUAUUCCAACACACAUAUUGUGCUCACUUAAGAUGGUUUUAUUGAUCUUUUUAACAAUUUUAAUGGGGACUUUGUUAUAAUUAUGCAUUUACUAAUCUUCUCAGGUAAUGAAAUGAUAUUUUAAGACCUUCUUUGCUUUUUAUUAUAUUAUUUAUUUUUCAUACUAGAAUUAAUUAGUUGACUCAAUCAUUGCCUUAUCCACUUUAUGAGGCCACACCAAUUUAUUUGUUCAUAUACUUUAUUUGAAACAUGACCAAAGACACGCUAAACAUAUUUGCUAUUGAUGUUCUUAAGCGUUUCUCACUUUUCAAAUCAUCUACUAGUACGUAACUUUGUUUGAAUAUUUACGAAUGCAUUCUUCGAACGCACAAAAUUUAUAUAUAAAGUGUUCUUUUUAUUUACAGUAACUGAUGAUUUCUAUUGGUCAGUUUUUCUUUUUAAUUUACAACUAUAAGAGACAAAAUCUUUUCUUGAAUUCAUUAUGAUUUUAUAACGUUCAUGAUCCUCAAUUGGUGAUGACAAAGUUAUCAUUGCAUGAAAGCCAUUUUUAAGAAAAUUUCAAAAUAAAUGUUUAACUGAUCCGUUCAAUCAUUAUUCCUUGGAAAAGUGUUUUUUUUUAAAGUUUGUGCGCCUAAAAUGGAUAUGAAUAAUGGAGAAGGUCCGGUAAGGGUUAAUUUUGGCCUAAAAUUUGAAGUACAUUUGAAGCAAGAUUUUAGACAUUUUUCAAACACUAAAGUGUCUACUCUAUUCGAUCCAAUUAGUUUAUGUACAAUAUUUGAAAUGAUUUGGUCAUAAAAUACGCUCAAAUUCAAGCUUCAAUAUCAAAAAUUUAUCAAAUUUGCCAUAAAACGUCACUUUUCAGAUGGUUUUUGUCUAAAAUGUAAGUGGCCGCAUUCGUGUUCAGUCUCAACCUUUAUAUAUGUUAUGUAUAAUCAUCAAAUACAACAUGUUUUUAAAUAUCAAGACUGAAAACAAAUGCGGCCACUUCCAUUUUAGACAAAAACCGUCUAGAAAUUAGCACAAGUGCUGAAGUUGCGAAGAUUUCAGUAGUUAUGCAUGAAUUACUGAUGCUAGUACUUGAUGAAUAUGCAUUGUAUUGUCAAAAACAGUCCAUACUUAUGAAAUUCAAGUAUUCUACUUUCCAAUAAAUAGCUAAAAGUUUACAUUUUAAACAAAUUGUUAGAAAGCUAUAUUUUGGGGCCAAAAAGGGGUCUUACCGGGUCUACUCCUUUAGAUAAUAGAAAAUAAGAUAGGUUUGAUUUCAGUGACUACAUAUUUAUCUUUAUUGUUUUGAAAUAAAUGUAAAUUAAAAUGAGUAAUCAGGGUAUUCAUAUAUUUUUUUUAUUUUCUUAUUUAUUUAUACUCAUAUGAUAAUAUUUGAAUACAAUUUCAAACUCUGUUGUACCUGAACUUUUAUAUAACUAUGUGUUGUUCUUUAUUCAUAAAUAUUUUUUGUUAUUCAUCUUUAAUUGUUAAUUGUUGAAACGGUUAUAUAAAAAGAAUAAAAUGUGCUCAUAUA